AUGUCCUGGCCAAGCCCCUGCAAAAUGAAAACACAUCAUUACGGUAACAGUGUUCGCGCUGGCGCCAGCACUGCCAACCCAUCGAGGAAUCAGGAAACCAAGCGCGAAUAUUUCGCGAAACAAGUGAUGUGGAUCAGAGUGUCACACAGACUAUGACGUGGCGGUGGUUUGUCGCUAGGUGGUUUUAUUGAUUGGUUCCCUGGAUUGGGUGUGGUGUCGGCUGAGUUCCAUGGGUGUCCGCGCUGGCGCCAGCACUGCCAACCCAUCGAGGAAUCAGAAGACCGAGCGCGAAUAUUUCGCGAAACAAGUGAUGUGGAUCACAGUGUCACACAGACUAUGGAACCAACUGCGCUGAAUGGAUUACGCGACGCUUUGUAUGCCACUAAAAAGCGUCCGAAAGAGGAAACUGACAUUGUCAGAAUCGAGGAGAUUCGCAGUGUUAACAACGAAAUAAAGGCACAGCGGAAUGCCGUCCGCGAAUCCGCGGGCCUGCUGCAUGUUGCCCGCGAGAUGAUGAACAAUGCAGUAAAGAACAGGGGAUGCGCUUCGCGAGGAGGAAAUGCAUCGUGA